AUGGGUGGCUGUAAGUAUUACCUGAGAUUUAGUAAGAGAAGUGGGCAGCAAUAUUGGCAAGUAGUUAGUUAUGUGGAUGAGCAUACCUGUUAUAGAACUGCAGAUAAUAGAAAUGCAAAGACAGGAUGGCUGGCUAAAAGGUUUGCACAUGUGCCAAUGCAUAGUCCUUAUAUCAAGCCAUCUGGUCUUGUAGCUGUAGCACUUGAGAAAUGGGAAGUGAAGAUAUCUUAUGACCAAGCAUACAAGGCAAAAAGGAGGGCAAUGGAUCUACUACAAGGGGCUGGACUUAACCAAUUUAAUCACCUGAGGAGUUAUGCAAAGGAAUUGUUGAAGUCAAAUCCCAAUAGUACUGUGGUCAUAAAGUGUGCAGAAGACAAUGAAGCACAUGUUUUUGAGAGGAUAUACAUAUGUCUGAAUGCUUGUAAGUUAGGAUUUGCUAACUAUUGCAGGCCACUGAUAGGCUUAGAUGCUUGCUUUUUAAAGGGGGGAACUGGUGGCCAGUUGAUGUCAGUUGUUGGCAGAGAUGCUAACAACCAAAUAUAUCCAAUAACUUAUGCAGUGGUUGAGGCAGAGACCAAAGAUUCAUGGGAGUGGUUCUUGCAUCUACUUAUUGAAGACCUAGGUGCAUUGAACCAAAAAGCAUAUGGUUUCAUAUCUGAUCAACAGAAGGGGUUGGUUCCUGCUAUACAAGGAUUGAGUGAGCAUGUGGAGCAGAGGCUUUGUGUAAAACACCUAUAUGGUAAUUGGAAGAAAAAACAUUCAGGUUUAGAGCUCAAGGAGGUGAUGUGGGCAGCAGCUAGAGCAACUACAAUACCAUAA